AACCCUAACGUAGUAACUCUACGGCUCUCAAAGCGUAUACACGCAGUUGCUUUCACUUCCCCCCCCAUACCGACUGCGAUAAUCAACGCUUUCGUCUAUUCCUCUACUGGACAGUUGGCUUUGAGUUUACGUCGGUGGCGGUUCUAACCGAGUCUGUCUCAGCUGUUUGAAGACGAAGAGGAGGAGGGUCGCCGGCGACACGGUUGUGACGGUGCGAGGAAGAAGCCGGACAAUAAUAGCGCCAAGCCGAGCUGGUGGAUCCGCGGAGGGUGCGCGAGCGCCGAGCGAUGGAUUUUGCGCUGCUGCUGCUGCUGUUCGUGAUGCUGAUGCUGAAGCAAGAGGUCGCUGCUCUGAAGCUACUUCACGUAAAUGUCCCGGCGUACACCCUCAGGGGCGACGAGGCGACUCUGGAAUGCAGGUACGAUCUGGAGACAGACAGUCUGUAUACCAUCUCAUGGUACAAGGACAACGAGGAAUUCUACAGAUACAUACCCCGAGGGGAGCCCAUGAAGCACAGCUAUCACGUUGAAGGUGUUAAAGUUGACUAUCGAAAGUCGGAUCGCGACAAGGUGGUGCUGCAGGAUACGAAUCUCCACACCAGCGGCAAAUACAAGUGCGAAGUUAGCGCAGAGGCGCCCAACUUCCACUCUGUUAACGGCGAGGGGAGCAUGGAGGUCAUAGCUCUACCGCAAGAAAGGCCGAUGAUAACCGGCGAGGAGAAGGUGUACGCGAGCGGAGAUGUGCUUGCGCUGAAUUGCACCAGCGGCAAGUCCCAUCCUGCCGCGCAACUAAAAUGGUUCGUUAAUGGCCAGCAGGUGAAGCCCGAUUCAGAAAUGAUGUUUGAACAGCACGGACUGUUGUCGACGAUAUCGAGUCUGCUGCUUGAGCUGAAACCGGGUCAUCUCGCCAGCGACAAGAUAAACGUCAGGUGCGAGGCGACGGUGCGAUCGACCCACGACAUCGACGAGCCGUUCGUCGACACGCGCAACACCGAGGUCUUCGUUCAAGGCCACGCCAGCCUCGCGACAGCCUCGCUACCUCUGUUGGUAGUCACGUUGCUGUUCCUCCUGCGACCGGUGUAGGUCCUGCCUAGUCGAGACGACUGUGCUGGCACGAGCGGAGAGAACAGGGGGAAGACGGACCACACGGAGGAAAACGAACGGCGAGAGGCGGAGACGGACGUUUCGUAACGAAAGACAAUCAUACCUUACUGCGGAGCGAACCGUCACGGCGAAUCGAGGAUCACGCGUCAUGGAGCCUCCCUCCCCCCCC